AUGAUCUCAGAGAACCCAUGCAAAAACUCCCCAGCGGAUUUCGUCUUUGUGAUCGACAGCUCCCGGAGCAUUCGACCUGACGACUAUGAAAAGGUCAAGAUCUUUGUCCAUAACUUGCUCCAGUUUUUGGAGAUUGGUCCCAAUGCCACACGUGUUGGCCUGCUCCAGUAUGGCAGCGUGGUCCAGAAUGAGUUCUCCCUCAAUAAAUACAGCACAAAAGCUGAGGUGGAGCAGGCAGUGAAGAACAUGCAGCAUCUGGCAACAGGUACCAUGACAGGUCUGGCUAUUCAAUACACUGCGGAAACGGCUUUCACUGAGGCUGAGGGAGCGCGAGACGCCCAGCUUCAAGUACCUCGGAUUGCGAUGAUCGUGACUGACGGGAGACCGCAGGACUCAGUGGAGGAGGUCGCGACUCAAGCGAGACAGGCCGGCAUCCAGAUAUUUGCCAUCGGGGUCGGAAGAGUCGACCCGAACACUCUUAAGGCCAUGGGGAGUGAGCCACACUCGGAGCAUGUGCAUCUUGUGGCUAACUUUAGCCAGAUGGAAAGCCUGCUCUCGGUGUUCCGCUCCAAACUUUGUACAGGUGUGGCAGCGUGUGACUCGGUGGACCAUCAGUGCCAGCAUGUGUGUGUGAGCACUCCUGCGUCUUACAGGUGCAAAUGUCGAAGAGGUUUUAUCCUCAAUCCAGAUAACAAAACAUGUACAGAAAUAGACUCAUGUAACUCGGUGGAGCACAGCUGUGAACACGACUGUGUCGGCACUCCAGAGUCAUACAAAUGCUUGUGCAAGAACGGCUAUGUUCUCAAUCCUGAUGGCAAGACCUGCAGCGAGAUUGAUCAUUGUGCCGAUGGACAGCAUGGCUGUGAACAGGAGUUUGUCAACACUCCAGACUCAUGUAUGUGUAAAUGCAGGGAUGGUUACAGACUCGCGCCAGAUGGCAAAACAUGUCACAGUGUUGACCUGUGUCAGACAGUGGAUCAUUGUUGUGAGCAUCAAUGUGUCAGCUCCACUGACUCCUACAUGUGCAGGUGUAAAGAAGGAUUUAUGCUGCUUGAUGAUGGGCGGAGCUGCAAAACAGAGUGUAACGAAGGGAUCAUUGAUCUUGUUUUUGCAAUUGAUGGCUCCAAGAGUCUCGGGAAUGACAACUUUGAACUCGUCAAGCAAUUCAUAAAUGCAAUAGUGGACUCUUUGGACAUUUCUGAGAAAGGCACUCAUGUGGGGCUUAUUCAGUACUCCACCAAAGUGCGCACAGAGUUCACUUUGGGGCAGUACAGUGCACCCAGGGACAUCAAGGAAGCGGUUAGUAGGAUGCGGUACAUGGCUAGGGGCUCUAUGACGGGCUCAGCCUUGCGUCAUAUGUUUGAGGAGAGCUUUUCAGCCAAAGAAGGUGCCAGGCCUAACAUCCCACGUGUCAGCAUUGUCUUCACUGAUGGAAGAUCUAAGAAUGAUGUCUCUGAAUGGUCUAAUAAACUAAAGAACUCAGGAGUCACCAUUUAUGCAUUGGGUGUGGGCAAAGCUGUGGAACAAGAGCUGAGAGAAAUAGCGUCCGCUCCUUUUGACAAAUAUGUCUAUUACACUGAGGACUUUGGCAAAAUGGAAGAAGUGACAAAGAAGCUCAAGUCCAAGAUAUGUAACGAUAAACCAGCUCAUGUCAGUGAACACACAUGUCAGUGUGAAGACCUAAUAAUAUUUCAGAAGCAAGUCAAUGAGAAGCUGAGGAGCCUGCUACACAACAUUGAAGCUUUGUCAACCAGGCUGCAACUGCUGGAGAAGCAACUUGUAAAAAUAUAA